CGUACGUUUUUUAAAUUACCAAUGACAAAAGGCAUCAAGAGUUUUUUAGCUCACCAUAGUUAACCUUGCCUUUCCAUGUCUGCAAUUAUCAGCAUUAAAUAUGGGAUGUCUUUUUGGGCUGACAUGUUGGUGGAGAAGAAGGCAGGAAGCUUUGACAGGCAGUGAGCACACAUCUUAGUUAGACAGCAGAGCAGCUCAGCGCACAGCAACCACCAGACCGUGAUGGAGCCCUGCGUCGAAGGUACACUGUGGAUGAUACUCACCCUGAUCAUGACACCUCUCCUUAAUUGCAACAACUUUUGCCCUGACAUCUGUCAGUGCCGAUCUUCUGGGCACAUCACCUGCAGCGGCCACGAUGCAAAAGACGUGCUGCAGCAGCUGACUGUCCACACAUACACUCUGCUUCUCGACAAGGCGAACAUGAAGAUUCUCAGUGAGAGGAGUCUGGCAGAUAAGGAUCUCCUGCUACGCUUUGGUCUGAUCAACAGCCACCUGCACACCAUCCAUCCUUUGGCCUUCCAAGCAGCUCCUCAGCUCAAGUCUGUCAAGCUGACAGACAAUGAUCUAUCCACCCUUCCUGCUCGGGUGUUCAGUCCACUCACCGUGGUGGAGGAGAUUUACUUAGAUGGGAACCAGCUGGAGAUCAUUGGUCCUGAUAUGUUUGAGGGGCUUGAUGGGUUGCUGACUCUGGAUUUGAGCCGCAAUAAGAUCAGAAACCUUCCCUCUGACAUAUUUCAUGGAUUAACCAACCUCAUUAUUCUGAACUUGGGCAGGAACAACAUAAAGAAGCUGCCUCCUACAAUGUUUCACUCCCUGACUAAACUUCAGAUGCUCAGGAUCUACUUUAAUGAGCUAGAGGUGUUGGAGGCGGGGAUCUUUGAUCAACUCGUGAACCUCAAAGUUCUGAAUCUCCAUCACAACCAGAUCAAAAGCCUUCCACCACAAGUGUUUUGGUCACUGGAGAACCUGACCGACCUCACCCUGUCCUCCAACCACCUUGAGGGUGUUCCACACAAGAGCUUCUACAACAUGCCUAGGCUCAAAAAACUCACAAUUUACAGCAACCCCCUGUCAUCUUUGCCGGAUGACUUGAUGGGUCACAUGCCAAACAUUACACAGUUUUAUUUGUACGAUACCAAACUCCCCACUGUUCCAGGAAAUCUGUUCGCCAACAUGUCCGGGCUGCUGGAGCUAAACUUACAUUUAAAUGACAAGCUGAGGUACUUACCACCAGAUCUUUUCUGCUGUCUUCCCAAUCUUAAAAAGCUCUCUUUGAGAAACAACACCCUUCAGGAUCUUCAUCCUAAUCUUUUUUCCACACUAACCACACUGGACAUACUCCUCCUCAACGACAACAAAUUGAAGACCCUACCUGAGAACAUUUUUCAGAAUCUUACAUUACUUGUGACCAAUAAUUUGAAAAACAACAAUCUCAAUACACUUCCAGGAGAUAUUUUCUUGUCAAACACAGCCUUGAAAGCACUUAGCCUAAGUGGCAAUCCCUGGAAUUGUAAUUGUGCUAUAAGAGGAAUCGCAAAGUGGAUCAGACAAAAUGAGCAUGUUGUUCUUGACAAAGAUGACGUGAUAUGUCACAGUCCGCUGUAUAACUUGCUGCGCGGUCUCCAAUCUCUGCCUGAUGACGAAUUCAACUUUUGUGAUGAAAAAGGAAAGACAGGUUUUUUUCUGACAGAAACUAACACAUAUAAACACACCCAAACACCGCAAUACUCUUCAGUCACUCCAACUAAGAAAUCAACCACCUUAGCCAACACCAUAGCCUCCAGUCAUACUGAUGAAGCUCCCACUGUCUCACAUAUUUUUCAUGACAUUUUGGUGGUUGAACAGGGGCCUGCUUAUGUUCACCAUAACAUCCACAAUGGCUGGGUGUACGUGUGGUUUCUGCCGUCAGGUUCGGCUCUGGUUGGAUCCAUAAUGUUUUGCUACAUCCUUCUUUUAGCCAUGGGUUUGAUGCUCAUUCUCGCUGCCAUAUAUGGCAUGUAUUGUCUCAGCACAGUCAUGGACAAGCUGAAGGCUGAGUGUGCACAUGAGGAGGAGCAUGCUGUGUUAUCAGGCCUGGUGCACACUUGAAGAUAAGCGGUCCCUUUUCACAAAACUUUCCUUCUAAAUGGCUACUAUUGUUUGUUGCCUUCAUUGCUAAUGUGCUUUAAUUUUAAAACAGGCUUUAAAAUGUUAUAAUCUAAAUGCUUGUUUCGUAAAUAGUAAAAACAGAUUUAAAAAGCGUGCAAGAAAACAUAUAUGUAGUAUGCAAAACAAUAUGGGUGUAUAUGUGUAUAUGAGCGUAUAGAUGGUUGCUUAUAUAAAGGUGCAAAGACCAAAACAAUUUUGAUAACAUUUCUUUAUGUCAUAGAUUGUUUCAUGGCUGAUCAACAAAAUUGCUUUUUUGCUUUUUUAUUUCUCUACCAACCUACUAUUACCUGUAUGAAAUGUGUGCACUUUUCAAUUACCAGUAACAGUUACUACAUCAAUUAUAUGUAAAAGUAAAUGAAACUACAUUUGAUUAAUAAGUCUUCAUAAUUCCUAAAGCAGAACCAAUUUGCUGCAGUAUAUUUUAUCUUGAAAUAAAUGAUCAGAAACCAAAAAAGAAAAGAAAAAAAUAUAUAUGUUGGGAUUUGUUUCCCCCUGGUGAUUAAUCAUGUGUACGUGGUUUUGAGAGAGAUUUUCAGUGAUGGUGAAAAUGUUGGAAAAGUUUGGUACAGUAAAAAUACUAUUAUAUUGACGUAAACAUAUUUAAAUGAAGGCACAACUUAAAUUUCAAUGUAAAGGUAAUACUGGCUUAUUGUUUACUGGGAGUGAAAAAGUGAUGAGUCAUGAGAUCUUCCGAAAUCAAACUAAAUAAAAAUGAUGAUGAUAAAAGAUAUUUAUGCCUUACAAAGAUUUUGUAACUUGAUUUUUGAUUGUGAGUCAAGUCGGAAAAGAAAAGGCACCAUCACUCUUAGCCUUUAAUUUUUAAGGGGUAGGGUCCCGCAGUUGUUUUUGUGGCAUAGGGGAGGGCUAAAGGAAUUUACCUUGUAGGUCUUGAAAUGGUCUUUGACACACCAUCAAACAAAGAGGUAGGAACUGCUCUACAAACUCUGCAAAAAUGCAAACAUUUUCUCAAUAAACACAUUUAAUGGCUCAAUA